GUGAGGGGCGCGGUGGGCCGGCACGGCGCCGCGCUCGAGGGCCACAGCCGGCGCCUGCGCGCCGAGGGCGCGCGGCUGCGGGCCCUCGUGCCAGUCCUCGCCGCCGAGCUGCAGGCCGAGAGGGCCGCCGCCCCGCCGCUGCACGAGGUGGUAUCCCCCCGCGGCGGCCCCCCGGCGGAGCUGCUGCAGCUGCGCGCCCAGGUGGCGGAGCUGCGGGCCGCGGCCACGGCCGCCGCGGGCGAGGAGGCGCCCGACGAGGCGGAGCUCUCCCUCCGCGAGGAGGUCCGCGCGCUGCGCGAGGCCGCUGCCAGCGGCCGCCAGCGGCUCGAGGAGGCGGAGGCGGCGGCCGCCGCGCAGGCGGCCGAGCUGCGGGCGAGCGAGACGCGGGCCGCGGCGCCGCGCUCCGUGGCGGAGGCCGAGCGUGUCCGCGCGGGUGUCCGCCCGGUGGAGCCGCCGGCGCCGCCAGGGGAGUCGGCGGCCCUGCUCGUGGAGAGCGAGCUGCAGGCGGAGUGGCGGGCAGCGGCGGAGGCGCUCCAGCACGCCGAGUGGCUCUGCGCCGAGCUGGCGCGGCUGCGGCAGGCUCCGAGCGGCUCCGGCGGGGCGCAGCCGUCGCCGCCGCGCCCGCGCCAGCCCCCGCCCCCCGUACUGCCGCUGCCGCCAGCGCUGGCCCAGCCGGCCGCGGCGACUCGGGAGGCCCGCUGCGAGGCCGAGCGGUCCUCGGGCGCUCCUCCGCCCACGCUGUCGCCACCCCUGCCCGACCUGCCGCUCGCCGACUCGGCCCCGCGGACCCCGCCGUCGGCCCUGCUGGACGGCCUGCAGACGCCCACGCCCACCACGCCCCCGCCCCUGGGGGAGCAGUUCCGGCGCUGGAAGGAGGAGUACGCCGCGCUGAAGCGCUCCGUCAACGCCGAGGCCGCGCGGCGCUCGCCGCCGCGGGCGCCGCCCUGGCCCGGGGGCUGCCCCAACGGCCGCGCCGCCAACGGCUGCCACGGGCGGCUCGGGGAGGGGCCGCUCGCCGCCCGCGGCCGAGGCGCCGAGGGGGCGGGCGCGCUGCCCCUGGCCGGCGCGGAGGCGGCGGCGUGCUGGUCUGGCGCCGGCG